AUGUCCGGUCCAGGACCUGGCUACUCCCUGCCCGGCCGACCCAUCAAGCCUGCCAUCGCUUCCCCCGCUCCAGGCACACCAUCGGCUCAGCCUGCCGUGGUUGCAGGUCAACAACCACCCGUUGCUCCUCCAGAAGCAAAUGCUCAGGCCGACUUGGACACGCUCAACGAUGCUUCUGCCGUGGCAGGCGUCGAUCUCAAUGCCGAGGAGGACAGGAUGAGAGCCGUCAAUCAGGCUAGGGCGGCUGCAAGACCGACGGGACAGGCUUCCUACAUCGGCUGGGACAGAUCCCGUCGACAGACUUGGGUGGAAAUGCCCGCUCUCACAGAAGCAGUCAAACGGAUAGCUCAAAAGUUUGACCUCCGGAACCUGGAGCCAGACACGUUACCCUUGAUCGCUCUGGCGGCACAACAUCGUCUGCGCGAUCUCGUCACGGAGAUGAUCGUCAUCAGACGACACCGUGUCCAUUCGUCUCACCUUCGACCGCCUCCUCUCGACCCAUCACGAGACGACGGACCCUCACCGCUCUGGGACGAGGUCAUCUAUUCUGACCACGACAAGAUCUUCAGGACACUAGACAGACUGGAGCUCGAGGAAGAGCGAAGGGCGCGUAGGGAGCGUAUCGAUCGUGAUCAGCGUGAACUCGAACAGCUCGGCAAAUUAGACGACUUACAGCGUCCUUCGGAACCUGGCAGUCCCGCCGCCUCUGGACCUACUCCAACACUGGGUAACUCACCGCUGAGUACGCCCGGUCCAGGCGAUGGCAAGAAGAGGAAGAGGGACAACAACCCCACUGCCACUUCCAAAGCUCUGCCUGAAGCCGUGCAAAAGCUUCAGACCAACAGGACUGCGAUGCGUAGUCUGGGCGGCUCGAGCAAGAAAUUCUCCUGGCUCUCCGGCGGCUCAUCGCCCGCAAUGGGAUCACCUACCCCCGCAUCCGCUCUGGGCUCCAAAUUGCCAAAGCCAAAGUUCCCACCGGCGGCCGGUCUCUCUGAUCUGGGCGGACCGCCCAAGCUUGCAUUGGCGAACACGCUGCACAAGACGACGUCGAGGUUGGCAGACGUGCCGCUGGGAAGCGAGGCGACGGGUUCAGAUGGCAGAGAAUCGCUCCAAGUCAUCCUCAUGAAGGAUGCCCUCUUUGCGCUUGAGAAAGAGCGAGGAACGGGCGCAGGGAAAGGAACGGGAAGUCAAUCGGUCUAUCGUCACCUGGCCAAAGUGAGAAAGGUAGCCUGA